AUGAAAAAUAUUAGUAAAAAAGAGAUAACAGAACUAAAUUCAAAGGAAAAACUAAAAACUACAAUUAAUACAUAUAUACAGUGUGUUAAGGAAGCAAGUGAUUCGAAUAUUCCAAAAAUUAAAACUAGAAAUAAAAUAGCUAUACCGUGGUGGACAGAAGAGCUUAAUAAGUUAAAAAAAGAAAUGACAGUUAAGAAAAGAAGAAUAUCGUAUGCUGCCUCUCGCCGGCGUCGAUACGUAGUAGAACAAUAUUUGGAGAUAAAAAAUAAAUAUGAAGAAGAAGUAGCACAAGCACAAAUCAACAGUUGGAAAAAGUUUUGCAGUAAGCAGGAUAGAGAAAGUCUGUGGGACGGGAUCUAUAGGGUAAUCAGGAAAACAUCAAAAAAACACGAGGACGUACUGCUAAUUAGGGAAGGUAAAUCGUUGGAUGCAAAGGAAUCAGUGAAAUACGUGGCGGAGACAUUUUUCCCCGAUGACAAUUUGGAAAACGAAAUACCAGAACAAUAUCAUACACGAAUGAAAGCUAACAAAAUGUGCACUCAAACUACAGAUGAUAUCUGGGAUGUUCCAUUUACAGCAACAGAAUUACAAUUUGCUACCAGUAGCUUCUAUCCAAGGAAGGCGCCAGGUUCAGAUGGCCUCACGGCAGACAUCUGUGCAGCGGCGAUAAACGUUGAUGAGCAGAUAUUCUUAGCCUUGUUGAACAAGUGCUUAGAAUUAUCAUACUUUCCGGAUCCAUGGAAGGAAGCUACUGUGUUAGCACUUAGAAAACCGGGAAAAACAGAUUACUCUCUCGCAAAAUCAUACAGGCCAAUAGGGCUCCUCUCUGUUAUGGGUAAGAUCCUAGAAAAGAUGAUGGUGAGAAGAUUAAAAUAUUACAUUCUUCCAAAAUUAAAUCCACGUCAGUACGGGUUCGUUCCACAGCGCUGUACGGAAGACUCCCUCUAUGACUUGGUAUUACAUAUUAAGAAUAAUCUGAGAAAUAAAAAAAUAAGUAUCGUAAUAUCCCUAGACAUAGAGGAGGCUUUCGACAGCGCGUGGUGGCCGGCUAUUAAAAAUAGACUGAUGGAGAUAAAGUGUCCUGUGAACCUACGUAGAUUAGUAAAUAGUUAUUUUACAGAUAGAAAAGUUAAAGUUAGACAUGCGAACGAAGUAUUUACAAAAAAUAAUACAAAAGGGUGCAUUCAAGGCUCGAUUGGUGGUGCCAUAUCUUGGAACUUACUAUUAGAUCCGUUGCUAAAUGAACUUGAAGAGCGUGGAGUGUACUGCCAAGCCUUCGCAGACGAUAUCGUUCUGAUCUUCUCGGGUCACGUGACAAGCGAUAUUAAAGUAAAUGUAGAUCAAACUCUUUCACACAUAUAUGAAUGGGGAUUAAAAAAUAAAUUAAAAUUUGCCCCGUAA